UCAGCGGAGGGGAGAAAUCGACUUUGACCUUUUUUGGCCGGUUUCGCGUUCCGUCGCAGCCACCAUCUCUAGCACGAAGUAGGCUCCGCUUAUCAGAAACUCACAAGUGAUGUUCCCUGCGCUGAAAUGAGAUUUUGACCCGCCGUCCAUUACAUGUUGACGUUGGCGGUGUAACCUGGUCAAUAAUUAACCCCUGGGUCCUCAUUCAUGGCGGAGGUCUACUACGUCGGGGUGGACGUGGGCACUGCCAGUGUGAGGGCUGCACUGGUGACCAGAGCUGGUCUCAUAAAGAGCACUGCAGUGGAGCCCAUCAGCAUCUGGGAGCCCCAGUCGGACCACUAUGUCCAGUCCUCCACUGAGAUCUGGGAGAAAUGCUGCACAGUUGUCAAGCGAGUUACCCAAAGCGUGGAGCGGAGUCAAGUACGAGGGAUCGGUUUUGAUGCCACCUGCUCGUUAGUGGUUUUGGACCAAAACUUCCAGCCCGUGCCAGUCUGUCAGGAUGGUGACAGACAAAGGAAUGUGGUGAUGUGGAUGGACCAUCGCGCUGAAGAGCAGGCCGCUCGUAUAACCAGCACAGGCCACCGAGUCCUGAGCAGGGUGGGAGGGGUGAUGUCACCAGAGAUGCAACCCCCUAAGCUGCUCUGGCUCAAAGAGAAUCUGAGAGAAAGCUGCUGGAACAAAGCAGGACACUUUUUUGACCUUCCAGACUUCCUAUCUUGGAAGGCAACAGGCUCUUUGACACGGUCCUUAUGUACUCUGUUGUGUAAAUGGACGUAUUGCCCUCCAGAGGGAUGGGAUGCUGGUUUUUGGACUAGCAUUGGAAUGGAGGAUAUCCUCGAAAACAACUUUUCCAAAAUAGGCAGCACGACGUGUUCUCCAGGGAUCCCGCUGGGAGAUGGACUCACCCAGGAGGCUGCAGCAGAUUUUGGUUUGGAGCCCGGAACCGCAGUUGGUGCUUCUGUCAUUGAUGCUCAUGCUGGAGGCCUUGGUGUGAUAGGUGCAGAUGUAAAAGGCUUUCACUUGCCCUGUGAGGACCAGCCAAUCACCUCCCGCAUGGCAAUGAUCUGUGGGACGUCAACCUGUCACAUGGCGAUCAGCGAGCAGCCUCUGUUUGUGCCCGGCGUGUGGGGUCCCUGCCUGUCUGCCAUGGUGCCGGGCAUGUGGCUCAAUGAGGGAGGACAGAGUGCUACAGGAAGGCUGAUCGAGCACAUGGUGAAGGGCCACGCCGCCUACACACAGCUCCAGGAAGAGGCUCGUCAGAGAGUUCCCUUCACUGGCGUGAACAUCUACAGCUAUCUGAACAGCCACCUGAGUUCAAUGGCUAACACCAGUACUACUGUUGACCUGCUGGCCUCAGGUCUUCAUGUGUGGCCGGACUUUCAUGGGAAUAGAUCGCCCCUGGCUGACCCCACCUUGAAAGGCAUGGUGAUCGGACUGCCACUCUCCCAAACCUUGGAUGACUUGGCCCUGCUCUAUUUAGCCACUGUACAAGCCCUCGCUCUAGGUACUCUUCAUAUUCUGGAUGCCAUGAAAGAAGCAGGACAUGACAUCAGAACCCUCUUCCUGUGUGGCGGAUUGAGCAAAAAUGCCCUUUUUGUCCAGAUCCACGCUAACGCUACAGGCUUGCCUGUGGUGUUGCCUGACCAGAUGGAAGCAGUGUUAAUAGGUGCAGCAAUCCUGGGUGCAUGUGCAUCACAGGACUACAGCACUAUACAGGAGGCAAUGAAGGGAAUGGCAAAAGUGGGGAAAGUUGUUCAGCCCGACUAUAAGCUCCAGAGCUUCUAUGAGAGAAAGUACAAAGUGUUUCUGCGACUGUUCGCCCACCAGAGGGAGUACCAGGCCCUCAUGAACCAGAGAUGACGCUGCUGGUGGGAGGCCGCCGAGCCGGAACUGACUUCCUCUGAUGUAAUAAUGUUGACAAAUCCACACACUGAAAAUGAGAACAGAAGUCUUAGCCUUGAUGCUUUUACUUUUUGUCUCAAUUAAAAUAACUUGAAGGACAACAGCUUUCUGAAGUUAAUAUCUGUCAGCAGGUUUAAUUGAUUCUGAGUUGCUGAGUGGUGCCAGAGUUAAGACUUCACACAUCCAGGAAUUCAAACCACAUGGGAGAGGACAGUAGAUGAGACCUCUGUUAGACAAGUUGUUGUAGCUUUCCGUGGCUGUCUGCCUUUUAGAGCCUCUGCUGCUGUUCUGCCCAAAUUAAUAGGAGGAUGCAGGAGUGCACGCAGUGACAUCAACAGAUUGAGUGACCCCCUCAGCUCCAUCCAAAGCCAAAUGCCAUCAUGUACUGUCACCUUCACCUAUUCUUAAAAAUAAAAAUGACAGAACUG